AUGAGGAAAUUGGUUUUAUCCCUGGCUGUGCUGGGAUUGAUAUCCCUGUCUCUGGGUCAUAAUAAUCCCUGGGAACAGCCCCCCACUCCGAUAAAGAAGGUGCCAGUGCCUGUUCCGGUGCCAGUUCCUGUUCCUGUUCCGGUUCCUGUUUAUCCCAAGGAAGGGGGUGGCAAAGGAGGCGGGGGAGGAGGUGGCGGUGGAGGAAGCGGAAGUGGUGGUGGUGGAGGUGGCGGCGGAGGAGGAUCCGGAAGUGGAGGCGGUGGCGGCGGCGGCGGAGGAGGAGGCACCGAUGGCCAAACUUGCCCGCGACCCUCUCCCGAAGCUUUACGGUGCCUCCGGGAAUGGGCCUGUCAGUACGUCAUCCGGCUGGAUCUGCGCUGCCUGCUCACUUUAAAUGGCAACCCAUUGCUGGGCAAUCUCAUUUCCAUACCCGGCAUCACCGGCGGCGGCAACAGCGGUGGCAUCUUGGGCGGUCUUUUGGGUGGCGGAGGAGGUGGUGGAGAAAAUUUAUACUAA